AGCCAUGUGUGAAAAGGAAAAAGAAUUCCACUCGAUGACAAAUGUCAAAAACAGUUUAACCUCACUUUUCGAACUAUAAUUUGGAAUUUUUUAAUUUAUAAAUAUGAUAUUUUCUAUAUCUACCAAAGCGUUUCAAUGUAUAAACAGGAUAUCAAAUAAUGUGAAAUAUAGCACUACAACUGGUCUCCCGAAACAAAAAUGGGAUAUAGUGGCAGCAGUAUGCCUCGAAAGAAAACCAGUGAUAGCCCCCGAACCUAACGAAAUAGAAAAAGAAUACCAAGAAUACCUGGCCGAUUUAGAAUUCAGAAAUAGCUUGAGAAACGAUAUCGAGCUACGAAACGAAGCAGAGAUGAAACAAGAAGAGGCGCUGAAGGCUGGUGGUGGCGAUAUAGACAGUGAAAUAACUCUCAAACAAACUGUCCAAGAUUUUAUUGAUGCUUCCUUAGAAGAAGCUUCCAAAUUUAAAUUUGCCAGUAGAACAACAGUUGAUGACACUAAGAACAACGUUAAAUCCCUAAAUAGAAAAUUGGAUAAGCAUUUAGUGUUAUUAGUUGAUCAACAAAUAGGUGGUAGAAAUUUCACUAUUCUUCCUCAAGGUAAAUGGAAAGAAGGUGAAACGUUAAGACAGACUGCUGAAAGAAUUCUAAAAGAAAGUGUCGGGGACAAGGUAAAGACGCAAAUUUACAGUAAUGCACCAGCAGGGUUCUAUAAAUACAGAUAUCCCAAAGAAAUAAGAGAUACUGGAAUAGAAGGAGCUAAGAUCUUCAUAUAUUUUGCUCGCCAUCUAAAAGGACAAAUUGAAAAUAAAAAUUUGAAUCACAAAUGGUUGGACAGAAAUGAAUUGUCCAAAACAUUGCCUGCAGGAUACAGUAAAAGUGUUAGAGAAAUGUUGAUAGACGAAUAGUAUAGAAGGGACGAUUGUUCUGUGAUGAAGAAAUAGAGCCAAUUUUCUAUUCAA